GUCACUUGAUGCUUGGCUAUUACAAGUUAAAGGCAGAAGAGAACCGCUUCACACCUCGUUCGCCUUCGAAUUGCAGAGCGCUGCGUUGCCGUUCGCUCUCUCCUUCCGGGCCUCGGUUAUUUCUUGAUUCCAAGAGUUAUAUAACUUGAUGAAAGAUGUACACCUUGGCUUUAUUCGUUUUGUGGUGUCGCUUCGGAGCGGCAGAUGCUCUCCAGGAGCCUCAGAUCUGCUACGUGCUCGAUGCCAUCCUGUUUCUCUAUGGGAUUGUUCUUACUGUGCUCUACUGUAGGCUUAAGAUCAUUCAGAGCAGAUCAGCAAAGACUGCCUCCUCAUCUGAGAAACAAGCUGAAGGAAUCUAUACGGGUUUGACACCCCGCAGCCAGGACACCUAUGAGACGCUCAAUCUUCAGAAGAAGUAGGAGGAAUGUGUACUGAUUUGCCUUUUGGAAAUUGGUCUUAGCCUUUGCCCUUAAUCUGCCCAAGUGACAGGUCUAGCACCACUCCAACUCCUACCAUCACAUGUUUAAGACUGUGCAACCUAACAUAUAACCACCCACUGCCUGCUAUUUGAAGCCAUGCUGCUGCUGUGGCCAACAUCAUUUGCACACCACUUCGCUGCAUCCUGUCUGGUAUCCGAGUGCUGAUCUGUAGAUGAGCUGGCUUCUCAACCAUUCUCAAGUUUAAUGUAAACCUUGGCUUGUAGGUACCAGGGAGGGGGGAAGUGCAGGCGCUGAGACGCCUGCUAAAUGACAGUCACAUUCAAGGCCGUUUGCACAAAUGAAAAUGUCACUCAUUGAAUUAGAGAACCAAAUCCCUAGGGAGUUGUUAAAUUACUUGGAUUGGGAUUAUUUAUCUUUUUUUUUAACUUGAUUAAUUUCAUUGAAGGUAGUUUGAUGAACUUUAUCAGGUUGCAGUGUGUGAGGACACUUUGCUUCUUGCUUUUCUAAGCCUGUUUAGAUACGUAAGCUGUUUGCAUUGCUAAGCCUAUGAAAAGUUUUAGUUUGGCCCUGUCUUUAUGACAUAGAUAGGAUAAGACACAUUUUUUGUAAAAUACAGAGCAGCUCAGGGAGUCUGUCACAUCUGUAAGCAAGCAAUUUGGAAUAUGUGUUGUGGUGUGCAGGACUAUUAUGGGCCAAGAAAAAGAAGGUCCCAAAUAAUUGCAUUUUCCCAUCAAUCCUGCUCCUUAUUUAGGCUAUUCUUACUAAGCAUGCUAAUACUUAACUGCCCAUCAUGCUACAACGCAAUUUCAGUUAUGAUUGGCUAUAUAGAUGUGGCAUUAACACAAAAUUAAUGCUAAAAAGUCAUAUAAUGGGAAAAACAAGCAACCUCCAUAAAUAUAGUGUCCAGACCUGGGUUCAAAUUAAGCCUUCUGGAGUUAACGCAGGUAACCUGAACACUGAACCCUCAGAUAAAUAAGUCCAGAUAUAAAGAAUUGUAAUGCGCGCAAAUCUUCUAAGACCACUUGAAUGAAUAUGCUCCCCAAGUGUACAAUGAUAAACAAGAAUUUAGCAGCUUUCUUCUUGCAUUUUACUGCCGCCUACAAAUGUCUAUUGUGCAUGACAACAGAUGAUUUUGGCUAUUUACAAAGAGCAAUGACAGCAUCCAUCUAGUAAGUGAAGGCAAAAUGUAAAAUAGGAAGAGAGUGAUGGAGGCCGUCAUGUUUAUUGAAUUUUGCUGUUUUUUUUAAUACUUAUUUUGCAUCAUUAUUACUAUUAUUAAAAUUUAUUUUUCAAACAGCUAUUUCAGUAAUAUUAGAUCUUUUUAUGUUUCCACAAACCUGAUCAGCUUAUUAAACAUGUUUAGUUAUAA